AUGUCAGUACGAGUUCGGUUUUCGGCGGCUCGCCCAGGUGUGGCUUACGUGGGAGAGCGAACCUGUGAGGGAAGCGGUAUGGCAGCUGAAAUUCUGUCAAAACCCAUGCCACCACUACAUAAAGAAGAGAAUUUUCGGAUGGAUGCUCACACAGCUGCAAGUAUUGGAGACGUCAAUGUCAUAGAGGCGUUGCUUGCCAGUAAAAAGCUGGAUCCAAACGAGAAAAACCUCUCUGAAUGGACUCCUCUGCUCUACGCUGCCUAUCUUGGACACCAUAACGUCUGCACCGUACUCAUCGAGGCUGGAGCAAGGGUAUAUGUUCUUAUGGAUAGUUCUGAUGAAAGAGCACUACUACCCACCGACGAUUGCAAUCACAAAGGUCAGACACCUCUUAUGAUGGCUUCUUCCUGCGGAAAUCUACAGGUAGUUCGCCUAUUGAUCGAACAAGGUGCCAGCGUGAACCGGGCAGACAGUCGGGAUCGUCAAGCUCUACACUAUGCAGCUUCAUAUCCAAAUGCUGCAGAUGUCGAUGGUGUCACUCCUUUAAUGGAAGCCUGUGCAAGCGGUCAUGAACUCACAACACUUAGCCUUCUGGAAUAUGGAGGCGACCCGUAUUUGAAGAACAAUCGUGGAGAAGAUUGUCAUGCUGUUGCCGGCGAAGAAUCUAAGAUCCAGCAACUACUCAACGAGCAUAUCCAACGACGAGCAGCUACUGCUUUUUCUUCAGAGUCACCACGGACAUCGAGAAAACCGAGGACAUUGGAAGAACUGCUGCAAGACAUGAACCUUGCUCGACUCGUCGACAAGUUCAAAGCUGAAAACAUCGAUCUGAACUUGUUCUUCGAUCUUACUGAUAAGGAUUUCGAAGAAAUGGGUAUAGCAUAUGGGCCAAAGAAGCGCAUGCUGACUGUGAUUGACCGAUACCGUAAAAGUGGUCAGAUCUCAUGUGAACCUUUAGAAGUUGAAGUUGUGCCUCCACCUCCGUAUACGACGGCCGAAGAUGGCAGUCAGAAAGAAAUGAUCGUUUCAAUGAGAUAUAUUCGUCAAAUGAACGACAUGACCAAACAGUUAGCCAUGGAGGCUCUGGAAGUGGCCCGGCGCUCCAAUAAUGGCGAUGUGUACGUGAAAUAUUUUUUCAAAAAUGUACCAAAUUCACUCCAUUCAUUAAAAGAAGAAGAAAAUCUAGAUCUAUCAAGGAGAGAGUCCUCAGCAUUUUUUUGA